GUCACGACAAGGAGAUGUGAUUGGCGGGGGGACAAGAUGGCCGCUACGCGUGGAGCUUGGUGUGUGCCAUGCCUGGCCUCCAAUGAAACACUUCAGGAAUUAUGCCGGAAAGAGCUACUUAUCUGCAAGUGCCUUGGGAUUACUAGGAAGAAUCUAAACAAUUAUGAAGUGGAGUAUAUCUGUGACCACAAAGUAGAAAAGGGUAAAGAAUAUUACCUUGUGAAGUGGAAAGGGUGGCCAGAGUCACAUAACACAUGGGAGCCCAAACAAAACCUUAAAUGUUCUGCACUUUUGAAGCAUUUUUACAGUGACCUCUACAAGUACGUGUCUGAACUUAAGCCCGGUAAAGCAAGUGUGCUUAAAAACAGCAUAAAAUCUUUGGAUCGCUCUGUGUCUGACUAUAUAGUCAAAAAGGCUAAACAGCGAAUUGCACUGAAGCGGUGGGAAGAAGAGCUGAACAGGAAAAAGUCCCACAAUGGAAUGUUGUAUGUGGAGAAUGAUGUGGAUCUGGAGGGUCCCCCCAGAGACUUCUAUUACAUAAAUGAUUAUAAAGCCUCUCCCGGAGUGAACACUUUGGGCGAAGCCAUUGUUGGCUGUGACUGCGCAGACUGCUUUACUGGUAAAUGCUGCCCUACGGAGGCAGGGGUUGUUUUUGCUUACAAUGAACAGAGACAGAUUAAAAUCCAACCUGGACGGCCUAUUUAUGAGUGCAAUGCUAGAUGUAAAUGUGGCCCAGAUUGUCCGAAUCGUGUUGUACAAAAAGGACCCCCCUAUUCUUUAUGCAUCUUUAGGACACACAAUGGACGUGGCUGGGGGGUUAAAACGCUCCAGAAAAUCAAGAAGCACAGCUUUGUCAUGGAAUAUGUUGGCGAGGUAAUAACAAGUGAAGAGGCAGAGAGGAGGGGGCAGCAGUACGACAGCACAGGAAUCACUUACCUCUUUGACCUGGACUAUGAAUCAGAUGAGUUUACAGUCGAUGCUGCUCGAUAUGGAAAUGUCUCACACUUUGUAAACCACAGUUGUGACCCCAAUCUUCAGGUAUUCAACGUAUUUAUAGAUAACUUGGAUGUACGUCUUCCUCGAAUUGCAUUAUUUUCAACGAGACCGAUCAAAGCUGGAGAGGAGCUUACAUUUGAUUACCAAAUGAAAGGUUCAGCAGACUUCAGCACAGAUUCUAUUGAGUUGAGCCCAGCUAAGAAGAGAGUGAGGACCGCUUGCAGAUGUGGAGCUGCUAUUUGUAGAGGAUACCUUUAAUGUAUUUGAUAAUAAAUGUCAUACAGAUUUUACUAUGCUGUGACAAGGUUUUUUUUUUAACUAUAUAUUUUUUUAUUUUAUUUUUUAGCUAUUUUCAUUUUGUGGGGUAUACAGUUUGUGUGAGUUUUUAAUGUGCAAAAUAAAUUGAACUGAUUCUAUUUGAGGGUUUGCCAGGGAUAAACUAUAAUUGUAUAUAGGAUAUUUACAGAAAUUAUUUAAUUUUCUAUUUUAUUUUUUAAGGGGCUUUCACAUGAAAUAAGGGACAGCUACAGUCGCCAAACAGAAUGAAGUAAUAUACACGCCAAUAGAAAAUUGUUUUAGCUGUGUUGUCUGUAAAGAAAAAACCCUUAAAGGGGUUUUCCAAGACUCUUUAAUGAAGACCUAUCUGCUGAUCAAUGGGGGUCUGACACCUGGAACCACCGCCUAUCAGCUGUUUGAGAAGGUUGUGGUACUAGCUUACCAAGCCCAGUGCUGUAUAGUGGCUGUGUGUGGUAUUGCAGCUC